AUGUCAACUACCAUUGAUGUUCCAGAAUCAAGUAAAGUUGCUAAAGAUAAAGCAGUAGCAAUUGGACCCGCAAGACCUGGAGGAUGGAAGAAAGGGGUAGCAAUAAUGGAUUUCAUUCUAAGGUUAGGUGCCAUAGCAGCGUCUCUUGGUGCUGCUGCCACCAUGGGAACAAGUGAUCAAACACUCCCUUUCUUCACUCAGUUCUUUCAGUUUGAAGCUAGCUACGAUAGCUUCUCUACUUUUCAGUUUUUCGUUAUUACAAUGUCUUUAGUGGGUGGCUACCUUGUCCUGUCCCUACCUUUAUCUGUUGUAGCCAUCGUUCGUCCCCAUGCAGUUGGACCAAGGCUUUUCCUCAUCAUCCUUGACACUGUGUUUCUUACUCUAGCGACAGCUAGUGGUGCUUCAGCUGCUUCGAUAGUUUACUUAGCGCACAACGGCGAUCAGGACUCGAACUGGUUAGCGAUCUGCAAUCAAUUUGGAAACUUCUGUGCGCAGACCAGUGCAGCAGUGAUCUCAUCGUUCGUUGCCGUUGUUGUCUUCAUAUGUUUGAUUGUCAUGUCUGCUUUGGCUAUUGCCAAGCCUUGA